ACAACCCGUUUUUUUCCAGAGUGAAAAUGGGAAAGAGGUAGAGGUUUUCUGUUGCAGCAGAUACAUCCUCCACACUGCUGCUGCCUCAUCCUCCACCCGACCAUGCCUCUGUCUGCUGCUGUAUUUCUGUUGGCUCUUGUUUCCCUCUGUGCAGCGACUGCACCUGACUGUAAGGACAUGAUCCAACCUUAUAUGCCAGAGGACCCCAAACUGGUGAGUUUCGCUUAUGAUCCUUUCCCAGACAUACUGUCAAUCAUGAGUAUGGACAGUCAGAUAUUUUCUCUUAUUUUUGAAGUAACCUCCACUGUCUGUGUGAAGGUUUUUGGUAAAUGGGUGUAUGUGAUGGGAGCUGGCGAUCCCAAGCCGUACCACAAGGCACUGGAGUCUCUGAAAAGCUCUUGGAUUGAGCUGUCGCCCACUUCUCAGAAUAACAAUUUGUUACUACGCUGGGGGGAUCAUUGCUUGUAAGUGUAGGGGUAACUCUCCUUAAAAGAAGUUUGUUGAAUUGGGGAAAAAAUGUUGAAUUUCAAGCUUGAGAAAACAGAAUUGUGAUUUUUUUAACCUUUCUUAGUAAUCGGUGUAUCCUCGGGGAGGUUAAUGCAACAGUGUCAGGACUUGCCACCACAUUUAGAAGUAAGUGAAUACCAGACAUUAUUUGAAAUGAAGCAGUUUAUAUGUUAAAGAUAAUAGGGAUAAGACCAUAGACUAUACACACAUAUCUGUAUGAUUAAUACCUAACAAUGAUGAGCCACUCUAUCCUCUUUAAAGAGAAUCUGUCAGACCACAAAGGUCAUAUUCUGCAGACUUGCCCCAACUGUCUUCUGUGGACUGACACCUUUCGUAACAAGGAUGUCACUGGCAGAUACAUCCUGCAGUUCAGUAAGUUUAGUUCUUCUCAGUUUGAAAACAGCCAGUUCAGAGUUUUGAAGUGUGCAAACUGCUUUUUAAUGAUCACCUUUUUUCUUUUAGCCAGGACAGGAAAAAUAGAUCCCAAAGAUGUGGAAAUCUUCAAGAAACAACUCGGGUGUCUGAACUUUCCAGAGAACUUCCACAGCUUUGACGGUAAAACAGGUCAGUCAGUCCUUAUCUGGACAGUAAAGUGGACGCCAUUGAAGGUUCAACUUUCAAAAGCUGCCACAAGGUGGAGAUGUUGUUUUUGAAAUUACAGCUUUUAAUGUAGACUUGGGUUUUAUGCAUGAAGUACUAUUGACAUUAUUGAAGGAUUGGUACCAUGAUUAUUUCUGUUCUUCUCCUUCUUUUUUAUUUCCUUUUUUUUAUGUGUUUCAGAGCUGUGCCCAGAUGACAAAGAAAGUGACCAGCAAUAAAUAACAGACGAAGUGAUACAGCAACAUAACAAUUAAAUAUGGAUUUAUGCAAUGUAGAAGUUUAAUUUCUAAUUGAACUAUUAGCCAAACAUUCCUUUUUACUCUUAUAAACAUCUUUAAACAUGCACUUUUCUUAAAAACCUUAAACACAUAAUGGUAUGCAAGUGACUCAUUACAGUUUUGCUUGAAAUUAGUGCAAUGACCAAAUGUGUACUCUUUGUCUAAAUAAACUGUAUUAUUAUACACUCAGCUGUUUCAUUUGUUUGAUUGAAAUAAAAGUUGUUCUGUUGGACUGUCGGUGAAACAGGGGUGUGUCCAGAAUGGUGGCCCUGCCCUUCUGAUCCUGAUAAUAUGACUGGCCACCCAAAAAUACAAAGUUAUGAUUGGCUGUUGUCUUGUUAGAGGGGGUAUUUAUUAAAAAUCAACUGUUUGGUAAAUGUUAACAGGUCUGCAGGAGCUGUCUUUACUUUUAAAUGUUGCAUAUUUUAUUUGUUUGUGCAUUUAAUUCUGGAAGAAGUGUUGCCACUCUUUGAAAUAAGAAAAAAAAACAUGACUAGCAAUAGAUUGAUUAAUCAGUCAGCCUAUUCAUAGAUUAGGGCAGAUUUAUUGACAUUUGACAUCGUUGGCAUCAUAUCAGCAUCAGCCCUAAAAUAUCACAAAGACUUUAGAAACAAAUUUUUCUUAUCCCCAAAGACAAAAAAUUAAAUUGAAAACAGAGGUUAGAGUUUUGUGUGAAUUCUGUUAUGAGUAUGGAAAAGUACAGUGUAGUGCUGCUUCUGUCAGAAAUACCAGCCAUGCUUUGGAACCUACAGCAUGACCGAAUGUAUCAGUGUUAAUGCUGCGCUCGAGUUACCUCGGAAGUCAGAUAUCUGAGCUGGGAAUGACGCCGAGUUACCGGCGUCGGAAGAAAGCCAAAUCUGAGGCACAAACAAGAUGGCUACAUCUACGAAAGUUAUUUUAGCACUUGCCUUGUCCUUGCUUUCGUAGAUGUAGCCAUCUUGUUUUUGCCUCAGAUUUUGCUUUCUUCCAACUUGGUAACUGAAACGCUGGUAACUUGGGUGUGAUGUCAUUCCCAGCUUGGACUUCUGACUUCCGAGGUUACUUGAAAGCAGCAUUAUAACCAAUUCAUUGAAAAUGAACCUGCAACAUGUUAAUGGAUAUUAAUGGCAAUAUUUCACUUUUUUCAUCUGGUUAAUUUAUUUAAAUAAUCAGUCAUGCUCCACACUUUUUCUUUACAAAAAAUUUUAAAAAAAUUAAAACCAACAAAACCUUUUUUUUUUUUUUUUGAGAUAUCCACAUUUUAUAUAUCAGCUUUUGGUCAGCCUGCUAUCUCGUAGCAGCAUCAGCCUCUGAAUAUAAAUAACAGCUGUACAAUACUUUAAUAUUUUAGAGUGGACUGUGAAUAAAGUAAGGUUAAAUGUUAUUACUUUAUAUUUGCAGGAAUAAACUGGUCACUCCUACCUCUGUCAUCGGCCACCCCAGUCAAAAAAUCUGGACACACUCCUGUUGCGCAAUAAACUUAGACUAUCACAUACUGUAACAUCAGUUUAAUGACAACUGAAUGGAAAAAGAAUUAAUUUGAUGUAAACAAUGAUUCAUUUAAGAGUAGAUUAAUUUGCGAUGGUUUUCAGAUCCAGAACAAGCAUCCCCCUGGAGAGAAUUUCACUGCAUAUUCACUCUGGUGUGUCACACUGUGGGUGUGUAUGAAGGUUUGUUAAGUGUCUGACAUGGAUGGUCGAAGGGUCCUUCAUGCCACCAGCCUGCUGUACUGGCUCCCCAAGUCUUUUGGAAGGCUCUCCAUCUUACAUGACCUGGUGCUGUCUGUCCACCCACUGCUCCUCAUACUCUGCGUCGCUGAGCUGCUCUCUGCUGCUGCCAGCUGCUUACACCUGAGCAGCUUCAACACCUGCUUCUGACACUGAGAAGAGCCAAAGUAAUAGAGGACAGGAUCCAGACAACAGCUGAGACUCCCCAAACACAGAGAGAGAAGGUAAGCCUUAUAGGAGCUGUCACUGGACUUGUGGGACAGCUGGACAUAGUGGACCAUGAGGAUGACGUUGGUGGGGGUGAAGCAGACCACAAACACCACCAGCACGACCACAGCCAUCACCACGGCGCGGGUCUUUUUGGAGCGGUUCUCCACAUUGGCUGCUAACAGGGCCCGAACGAUUCUAGCAUAGCAGACGACAGUGAAGACAAGAGGGAUAAAGAAGAAGACAGAGGAGUAGAUGGGAAAGAAGUAGAGAUAAUACGCUUGUAGUUGUUUCACAUCCUGCACAUCAUGGCAGGUGACAAUGUCUGGGUCUGAUAUAUGCAUGGUUUGGUCAGAGAUCAAGAGGGGGGAAACUCCUCCAAGAGCCAAAAUCCACAUGGCAACACACACACCUGUGGCAGUCUGAGGGCUGCGCCACGUCAGCGAGUUCAUGGGGUAAACCACAGCCAGGAAACGGUCCACACUGAUACAGGUCAUGAGCAGCACGGAGCAGUACAUGUUACAGUAGAAAGCUGCUGUGACCACCCUGCACAUGACAGAACCGUAGACCCAGUUGUUGCCGUGGUAGUGGUAGGAGAUCUUGAAGGGGAGCAGAAGGCCGAAGACUAGGUCAGCACAGGCCAGGUUCAGCAUGUAGAUGGUGGCUGGUUUUCUCGGACGGAUGUGGCGCACAAACAUCACCAUGGCAACAAGGUUCAGAGGCACACUGAUGAUAAAGACUAAAGUGUAAAUUGUGGGGACAAAGCUCGUUGCCAGGCUACCCUUGAGGAAAUGUUUAGCUUCUUUUGAGAUGUGAUAAGUCUUCUGGUGAUGGGGGUGUGGACUAUUAACGUUGUGUUUUUUCACUGGAACCUGGUCCAUCCCUGAGCCUGACUCCUUGUAUUCCCCUCCUAACACAGACAGAUCAAGAUAGUCCACGGAGUCAUCAGUGGACAUGACAUAGUGACCAGCAAAAGUCCGGGGGUGGAGUCCUGAGCCUUAAGCAAGACACAGGGAAACAGAAUUACACAAGUGUUUUUUUUUUGUUUGUUAGUUUUUUACCGUAAUACCUCUUAAGCCAGUACUUUUUUUUUUUUUUUCUCUGAACCAUUUCUAAUAUCUGUCAUUCCCUUUAUUCCUCAUUCAUUCAAGUUAAAACGAACAGUUUUGUGUGUUUUGUCAUUUGGAUAACUGAAGCCUGAAUCCUUUAACUAAAAGAAAAUGACAAAACAAAACAAAACAGAAACUAAAGGUAUUUUAUUUUAGCAAUACUUGAGUUAGGACAGAUACCUUCUUUUGUAUCAAAAUUAUUUAGAUAUUGUAAUUGAGGUACAAUUAAAUUACAUUUUGAGGGAUGCCCUCAAAAUGUAAUCGAAAAGUAUCCUCAGCAAAUAUUUGAAUAGGAAAUUUUGAAAGCAAAUGAUGAAAUUAUUAUAGCUAAGUUAGAAAACCUGCAUCUAGUGGUAUUAAACAUUGAUUAUAGUACAGUUACUGUUCUUAAAUCUUCUUGUCUUGAUUGAGAAAUUCUUGAAGUUUUUUAACUUCUUUUUUUUAAACUGUUAAAAAAUAGCAGACUUGAACCUGCACCCACAUUAAACUGCUGUACAUGGAAAAAGCGGACAUACGGGAUUUUAUGUGGUAAUCCCAUAGACUGUAUAUAGAAUAGUGUAUAUACUGUAUAUAGUAUAUACAGUCUAUGGGUAAUUGACAAACACCAGAUACAAGUAGCAGAAAAAAAACAUUUUCUAAUCAUCCAGUCUGUGCGAUCUGAGAUAUCUUAAGUAACUUACCAUUUAGACUCAACGCUUCACUGUGGAAGGAAAACAGAGCCAACAACCCCACUAACAGGCGAAACAUGGCGUUACCGUUUGUCCUCGAAAUGAUUUAACAUCUGCGUGUGCAGAAGUUAUCUGAGAGGUUUGUCUGGGAAGUGACUAAAGUGUUAGUCUGUUGGAAUGAAACAUGUUUUUACAUCGCAGGGUGAAUGCUCCGCCUCUACAUCUCCUCCCCGUUAUGACCGUGAUCUUCAGACCUAAUUAUGUUUCCUCUUAGAGCUCCAACGUUGUCAUAUGUCAUGUUAUGGCUGGGAAAACAGUGGAACAUCUGAGCAAUACAGAUGACAGAUGAGGAAAAUAAUUAUAGAAGUGUAAUUUAUUAUGAACAUUGUCCAAACAUUAGAAAGCACUGAUAAUGCAUAUUAAAAAUACAUCAGUUAUAGCUUUUAUUUUCUUAAUGUUUUAUUAUUUAAAACAUUUGAAUAAAAAGGCACUGCUCGUGUUGGGAGGUGGGAACAUUUCUGAACUUAGACAGUACUGUUUUGUCUGUUAUGUCUUUCAAAAACCCUUAAGGUAGCUUCAUCUCAAAGGGAACAAUAACAGUGAGUUUCCUUGCAUCAUUAAUUUACAAAACAUGAAAACCAUUACAAUUAAAUUCUUAAAAUACACGACAUUUACAAUCGCCACAUUGAAAAAUACAGAAAAGACGCUUUAAAUUAGAUAAACACAUUUCCUUUCGGUGUCAUCCAUCAAAUUAAGCUCAAUGAGACAAAACACUGUCCCUCACCACUGCAGGUUUUCUCUCUAAAUUAACUCGCUUCAACAAACUCAGUACUGUCAGAAGAUAAAGUCUGUUUCCUCUCCCCUCUUGCUGCAACCCUCAUGUGCUUUCUCAUUUUCCAUAGAACUUUUUGUUUAAGAGGAAGAUGAGCAAAUUGACGUUGACUUUGGCUUUAUCAAACAUCUUCAUGACGGCAACGCCUUCAUACUGCAACUGUAGGAGGUCCUGGGCAAAACACAGAGAACAGUAUAGUCAAGAACACACACACACACAAAACGCUGAUCAACAUAUAUUUUUAGAGAAAUUCAAUACUCAUUUUAAAGUGUCCCAACAACAGAAAGACAGUUUUGUUUCUAUUGUAUUAAUCGUUGUUUUGUAAUGUCAAAAAGGUGCAGUAAAAAUGACAGUGGCUUUUUGCAACCAUGGUAAAAGGAACAAAAUAUUAAACCAUAUACUAUCCUCAUUUAGUGUUAACGAGAAGCUGCUUUUAUCCUUUAGGUCUGACACACAUUGGAAAAGUUUACCUGGAAAUGCAGCUGAACCUUUUCCAUUUCCACUCCCAUAAACUUGGCUUUCACCUCAAAAUCUCCAACUUCCUCAGUGGGUGAAAUGUCAAACAUGACAUUCUUGAACCUUAAAAAGAGAGGGACAACAGCAUGAGUUUAAUGACAUAAAAAAGUGUCAACACAGCAGGGGGAGUUACACAGUUAUCAUCCAACAUGGACCUAUCUGUUUUUCCAGGAACUCAGCAUUUCACAGUUCACAGAACAACUUAAAUCAGCUUAGCACUUCACUUUCAACCCAGACACAAUGAAGAGGAUGGUAAUGUUCUCCUUUCUAUCACCAGAAAGCUGACUACUCUUCUGACUAUUAAAGAUACUCAAAGAUACUGCUUUACUAUUUCCAAGAAGGUGUAGGAUGAGACUAAACUGAUGGAAAUGAAUGAUUAUAGUUGGAAUGAAUCAUUGAUCAAGUUAUACUGAUCAUAUAAUCCUGUUAUACAGGCUGCACUAAAUGGUGAAUGGACUGUCUUUAGAUGGUGCUUUCUUCUGACCACUCUUUCUUUUACAUUAUAAAUCACAUCCACUCAUUCACACACUGGUGGUAGAGGCUGCCAUGUUAAGCACCCAUCAGUGCUGAUGACACAACCAGCCGGGGCAGGUUGGGGUUGGGUUGUCUUGCACAAGGACACUGUCAUGUGGACAGUGGGACCUGGAGUUGAAACCAAAACCUUCUGAUUGAGAGGAGGACACUGAUAAUCCAGACGCAUCAGAAGGUUGUUAUUUUGAUAUCUAGACCUAGAUAGCUCAACUUACUGGUUUGUCUGAAGUCCUUCGAUCUCAAGGAUGACUCCUUUCUCAUGCAGCCUUGCUGCUGUGUACUUCAGAGACUGGAGCUUCAACUUUUUACUGCCUUUACUGUCCCCUUUGCUGUCCAGUUUUAUAGAUCUGCGUGAAUUUCUGAGAACACAAAACGCAAUAAUGCUUUUUUAAAUCAUCCUGCCUCACUAGUAUCAAAACCAUCUAAACAACACAAUAAAAGGGAAGCAAAAGUGGUUUUUACACAUAGUGGGAAAAGAGGCACUUUAAAAAACUCUCCAUCCAGAUUAGAAAAGAGAAAUGAAAAUACAACUCACUUCCGGUUGAGGUUAUCCAGGCAUGUCUUGAUGUAGGUGUCAUAGUAGGUCAUCUGGUCCUGGAAGAAGGCUGUUUUUGAGUUAAGGGCCGUCAGUGUCUGUCGCAGCUUCACCAGCUCAGCCUUCCUCCUCUGCCUGUAACGUCUUUGGUAGCGAAUGUCCUGUUAAAAAGCAGGUUUACCUCUCAAUUCAACAGCUGAAGGACUUUACAACACACAAAUAAGUCAAGAUUGCGAUGGCAUUGUUAACAUCUUUCUAGGUGAAUGAGGGGCUGGUUGUGAACCUUUGAUAUGUCGUUGAUGAGGUCCUGGUAUUUGUUACUGGCAGUGAGAAGGCCAGCCUGCUCCAGGUUACGGAGGUUUCUCUGGAUCUUCCUCUUCUUCUGUUCAACGGGAAGCUGGCUGUCCUCCAGCACUGCGGGGCUACUCUUCAGACCUUCAGGUGUCUGAGCAUCCUGGACUGCCCGGCGCUCCACAACCUUUGUAUGUUCUGACUCCUUCAGAUGAAAAGUCAUGAGCAGAAGCAGCAGUUGUAAUUCUCAACAAAAACGUCAAAGUCUGAGCAAAAAUUUCUUUGAUUAAAAUGGUGUUCAUAUUCUUGGGUGGGGAAAAGUUUAAUGGAAGACAUAAUCACCUGUGGGGCAGUAGCUGGGGUCUCCAGAAUUUCAGGUAAGGACUCUCCGGAUUGAAUUCGAAUCACAUCCACUACGAGCUUUUUUGUCCUGAGAACACACAGGAAAAAUCAUGACCUCUCAAUUUGUUUUGUUUUGAAGGAAGAAAAAGAUUUGCUUUGCAUUAAUUUGCUUUAAGAAAACAAAAGAAACCUCCAAUGGUGCGAUCUUGCUAAAAUGAGGGGAGGAACAUGCCUGUUACCACUAUUCUAUCGUGUAUCUAAUUUCCCCAUAGCUACUUCAUGGUUUACAUUUGCAUCUGGCAAAAAUGUCUUCAUUUAUUUCCAUUCAGACAGUUAAAUUGAACAGGGACAAUGCAAAUUACACAGUACAAUUUCCACAUAUUACAAACAAGCUGUAGUACCUGAUGUUUUUCAUGUAGAGAUUAAAGCUAUUACUGGUUUCCAAGUCCUAUCCCCAGAGGCUUUUGUUUAUUAAAAGAACAUCUGAUUCUUGUUUGCUGCUAGAUUAAAUCUUAAAGUGCCACCAUAUUAAAGUACAGAUAUUUGGCUCCACACGAAUGUGUUAGCUUUUUAUUUUGUUAAAAUAUCCUGGAAAAAUAAGUUGUUUUUUUUAAUUAACCACGCUAUGUACUCGUGUCUGCACACCAAGUCUUACACACAAGUAUCAAACACAUCACACAAUCACAUUUAGAAAAAGUAUGGUCUUAUCAGUUCAAGAGAAAUCCGGCUUUCACUUUUAGUUCUACACGCAAUAAAACCAAGUUUGCCAAAAAAUAAGGAAGAGAUCAGCACCAGUCUCCUGUUCGAAAAAACAAUUCAGGCGGAUGCAUGUUUUUCAGCGAGAUAGUCCUGAACAACAACCCCCUUCCUCUUUGGACAGGAAACGAUAAAGAGCAGGAAAGGGAACAAAGACACAUUACUGAGUGACAGACACAAAGAAACACACAGUGUCGCACAGAGUCAAGCAAAGAUCACAUGUUGUUCAAAUAGCAGCAUUGUUAACCCUCACUACAGGCUUUACAUUGAUUAAGUUACUCUGAAUCCUCCAGCUCUAAACUUACUUUGUCAUGAGAGUCUUCAAGUCCUUGUCAUCUCCUUCCAGCAGCUCAAACUUGCUGGUCAGGGUGAGGGAGAUCUCUGUCUUGGCCAGCUGGCUCAGAGCGCUCUCUCUAUUCGGGUCAUUCGGGUCUACUGCCCCUUCACCUGAAACAAAGAAGACCGAUUGUGACUGAUUAAUGCUCACAGUCAAGCUUUGGUUUCCUUGUGAUAAACUCGGAUAUAAAAGGGUGUGAAAAUACCAAGCAGUGCCUCUACAUCAGGGACAUCUCCCAGGUCCUGCAGCAGCUCAUGUAGUAAGUCAUUGUGGUCUGGAGAGAUGGCCUCCAAAUGCUCCAGGAGCAGCUGAACAAAUACAGAUGUGGCUUUUAAUACACAAAAAUCUAAAAUAUUCACUGUAUAACUUGUCAGAGAAAAAAAAAACUAUAAG